UGGAUUUUGAUCUCGAAUCAACAUGCCUGAGCCAGCGAAGUCCGCACCUAAGAAGGGGUCCAAGAAGGCUGUCACUAAAACCGCCGUUAAGGGCGGCAAGAAGCGCAAGAGGUCCAGGAAGGAGAGCUAUGCUAUCUACGUCUACAAGGUACUGAAGCAGGUUCAUCCUGACACCGGGAUUUCCUCUAAGGCCAUGGGGAUCAUGAACUCUUUCGUCAAUGAUAUUUUCGAGCGUAUCGCCGGUGAGUCCUCUCGUCUCGCUCACUACAACAAGCGCUCCACCAUCACAUCGAGAGAGAUCCAGACCGCCGUGCGUCUCCUGCUGCCCGGUGAACUCGCCAAACACGCCGUGUCUGAGGGAACAAAGGCCGUCACCAAGUACACCAGCUCCAAAUAAAUCUGUUGAAGCUUUCAACACCCAAAGGCUCUUUUAAGAGCCACCCACUUUCACGUUUAAAGAGUUUCUAUGUUUAAAAAAACAUUUGUACCUUACCAAUUUUU